AUGACUGCUGAUCUGGCCACUCUGGUUCUACCUGUCCUGAUGAAGAAGGGACCAGGAUCCAGAUCCUCCUUCCCAUCCUCAGCCGUACUGGGUCAACUCCCUUAUAUCGGGGCCGUGGCCCUGAUCGACCAACAGUGGCAGUAUCGUAUCUACUGUAAGAGCCUGCAGACCAAGGAACUCAACCUGCUGCAUCACUACCUGGAGAGAUCUACACUGACUGAGACACAACACUGCACAGAAGCAGAGCAGGAUCAGAGAGAUCCGGAGCAGAGCAGGCUGAUCUUCCAGCUGGACGGUGAACAGUGGAUGGACUUCCCCAGGGAGCUGCAGUGGAUGACGUACCUCAAAGAGUGGCACGUCAGGGGGACGAGGAUCUGCCGGCUGCCUGAGUACCUGGCUCUGUUCACCCAGCUCUCCGUGCUCCAGAUCCCAAAGAACACCAUCGCUGAGCUGCCUCCUGAGAUCG